AUGAAAAGAUUCAUGGAGAAGCGAUUUGUACCUGAAUAUUACAAACAGGAGUUAUAUAUCAAACUCCAAAGUUUACGCCAAGGUGGAAUGUGUGUGGAAGACUAUGUUAAAGAAUUUGAGAUGCUGAUGUUGAGAUGUGAUGAUGUGAUCAAACUUGGCAUUAAGGUUGAAAGGCAAAGAAUGAAAGGUGGAUAUAAGGGCAUUACUACCAAAACAUUCACAAAACCUUCUAACACUAGCACCCCACUUGCUAGUGAUAAAGGUGGCAUGAAGAAGCAUGACAAAGGGGAGAGCUCUGCCAAAGCACCAGUUGGUGUAAGCAAGGGCAAGGAAAAGGAAGUAGAUCUAGCCCCUCCCAAAAGAAGUAGAGAUAUAAAAUGCUUCAAGUGCCUUAGUAAUGAACACAUUGCUUUAGAAUGUCCCAACAAGAGAGUAAUGGUGUUGAGGGAAGCCCAAUGGGAGCUAAAGAGUAAAGAUGAGACUUGCGAAGAGGAAGAGAAUUAUGAAGCAUAUAGUGAUGAGGAAGUAGAGUAUGUUGAUGUUAGGGAGAUGUUAGUGGUUAGAAGAACCUUAAGUGUACAUGCAACAAAAGAGGAAGAGCAAAGAGAGAACAUCUUCCAUACCAGAUGCACUAUUCUCAGCAAGGUAUGUAAUGUCAUUAUUGAUGGUGGUAGCUGUACUAAUGUUACUUUUACUACCUUAGUUAAGAAACUUAAUCUGCCCACCUUAGUGCAUCCUCAUCCUUAUAAAUUACAAUGGUUGAAUGAUGAUGGUGAUGUUAAGGUGACUAAGCAAGUAGUUGUUCCUUUCUCCAUAGGCAAGUAUAAAGAUGAAGUUGCGUGUGACAUUGUGCCCAUGAAUGCUAGCCAUUUGUUGUUAGGAAGGCCAUGGCAAUUUGAUAGAAGGGCUGUGCAUGAUGGUUUUAAAAAUACUUAUUCUUUUAUGAAGGAUGGGAAAAGAAUUGUAUUAGCCCCUCUUAGUCCCCAACAAAUACAUCAAGAGCAGCUGAUUAACAAGCCUACAGAAGCAAUCCCGAAAGAGGCUAAGGAGUUGCAUAAGCAAGUCAUAAAGCUGUUGAAAAAGGGCUAUGUUCGUGAGUCCAUGAGCCUAUACUUUGUUCCAGCUUUGUUGAUGCCCAAAAAGGAUAGUUCCAUACGCAUGUGUAUUGAUAGUAGGGCCAUCAACAAAAUCAUUGUGAAGAGUUUUGAAGAUCAUCUCAAGCAUUUAAGGGCUAUUUUUGAAGUUCUACACCAAGAAAAGUUGCAUGUGAACAUCAAGAAAUGCACUUUUUACCAUGAUCAAGUCACAUUCCUUGGCUUUGUGGUAACCAAACAUGGCAUGGAGGUGGACAAAGAGAAGGUGCAAGCAAUACAAGAAUGGCCAGUACCAACUAUAAUCUCAGAGGUGAGAAGUUUUCAAGGCCUAGCCUCUUUCUACCAGAGUGAAAAGUUGAAUGGAGCUAGUUUGAACUACUCAACCUAUGAUAAAGAGUUCUAUGCUCUUGUUCGUGCUUUGGAGACUUGGCAACACUAUCCCUUGCCAAGAGAGUUUGUUAUCCACGCAGACCAUGAGUCCUUAAAGCAACUAAAAGGACAAAGUAAGCUGAACAAGCGACAUGCCAAAUGGGUGGAGUUUCUUGAAUCAUUCUCAUAA